UGCACAAAAAGAAGGUUUUAGAAAGAUCUUCCCGCGCGAGCAAGGUGCUGCUUCUUCUUCUACACUCUCUCCCUCUCUCUCAGAUCGAUCAUGGCCCCCAAAUCCGACAGCGUCGAAGGGAUUGUGCUCAACUUCGUGAACGAGCAAAACAGACCAUUAAAUUCUCAGAAUGUGACUGAUGCUCUGCAAAAGUUCAACCUCAAAAAGGCUUCAAUACAGAAAGCUCUGGAUGCCCUUGCUGAUGGUGGGCGGAUAUCAUUCAAGGAAUAUGGUAAGCAGAAAAUAUACCUUGCGCGACAAGAUCAAUUCGACAUUCCAAACAGUGAUGGUCUUAAUCAGAUGAAAGUAGAAAAUGCCAAGCUACAAGAGAAGCUUAAUGAACAAAGGAGAGAAACAAGGGAGGUUGAAGGAGAAAUUAAAGCUCUUGAGUCCAAUUUAACUUUGGAACAGAUAUGUGCAAAAGAAUCGAAUUUGAGAAAGGAGAUUGCGGAAAUGGAGGAGAAAUUGACUAAAUUGCGUGGAGGAGUCACUCUAGUGAGCCCAGAAGAUAGGAAGGUCAUAGAGAAAAUGUAUAUGGAUACAGUUAGUCAGUGGAGAAGACGGAAAAGAAUGUUCAAAGAUCUCUGGGAUGCCAUAACUGAGAACUCACCUAAGGAUCCCAAAGAAUUUAAGGAGGAACUUGGUAUUGAAUAUGAUGAAGAUGUUGGGGUGAGUUUGCAGUCGAUCUCGGAUCUGAUGCAAAACAGGAAGAAGCGAGCUAGAGACCAGUGACUGUCUAACUAAGCAAAGCGUUGCACUGUUAAUAUGGCCUUUUUAUGAUAAAGGUAAGUCCAUUGUGUAAGUUGCGUCUGUAUGUUCUCAUAAUUCCAUUUUUCCUCCUUGCUAAUUUUACUGUUUAGAUAUGUUCCUUGCCAUGAAAUUGUUUGUAUACAAUGCAAUGAGACAAUUUAUGUAAUUCAAACAAGGUAUACACAUGGUCCAGAACAAUCAAGCACAAGGCCCCUUGCAAGUUGGGAUAAUUUUGGGGCUUCCCUUCCUCCCCCCCCCCCCCCCCCUUCUUUCAUAUUUUGAUGAAUAAGAAAUUUUAGAGACAUGGCAAGGGCAAUGUAAACAUAUACCAGACAAGCUGAAAGGAAAACAUAUGAGCGACCAAACUGUAAUCCUUUCUGAAGUCCUGAAAGUACAGUUUCUGAUUGAGAAAUUAUGUCAAUAUUAGCAUACAUUGCUCCUCCACCCAAGUAGUUAGUGUAUUUCUAUCCAUACUCUUUUAUCUUUCUUACUGGUCUAACCUGUGAACAAAAGAAGACACUAUGCUAGCUUAAAAAACCUUGUCCCUGGAGUAAUUCUGUCAGUCAGAAUCGGCAUGAAUUGAUAUGAAUAUUCUUUGCUGAAUAAACACCUUUUAUGAGAGAACUGAUCUGAAGCAAAUUUUGGGGACAAUGAAUGACCAUGAAAUCACUUAAAACAUUUGAUCCGAUCAUGUAAAAGAAAUGAGAGCCAAAAGGGUAGUUUACUAUUCCUUUUUUCUGAAUAACUUCUUUGGGAUUUUUUUUUUUUUUAAAUUCUGCAACCAGGCUCUUUAUAGGGCAGAAUGGAGACUUAAUUCCCCAGUAGUUGAUAAACAGGUGUCAGGAAGUUAAAUUGGAUUUUUGGGAGUUGUAUGCUUGGUGUAUUCAUAAAAUGAUCUGUCUGUUUCUUCUCCUCUCUCUUCCAUUUCUAGGUAUGAAUUGUUUCUCUCCGUAGCUUCUCUUCAUCAAUAAAAAUGAAUAUAAAGGCUCCCGCCUUUAACUGCUCGCCACUACAAUGCCAUGUACAUCUUUUUUACUAUUUGGUCCAGUGAACUUUUUCUCCAUACAGCGUCACUUUGAAAUCAUGAGGACUUUGUGAAUUUAUAGGAAUUAUGAUUUGUAUCUUUCAAGAGAGAGACAUAGAACUCUGAAACCGUAAUCAAAAGUAUAUAAUGAUGAUAUAAAUAAUACAAGAAUCACCCCCCCCCCCCCCACCCCCCUGGCCAAAAAAAAAACAAAAAAACAAAAAAAAAGGGUACAGCGUUUACUAUUUUGCAAAUAAUGUUCAUUAAAAAUUGGAUAAACAUCUAUAAAGGUAGAUAAAGCCUCUGUAUUUUACUGCAAGCUGACCACAUUUCCAAUAUGCUUCUCAAUCCCCCUGUGCUCUUCUGGUUCUUACUGAGAUUGGCCUCUUCUCUGCAUUCAGAUACUUAAGCCUUUGCAUCCUGGACCUAUCAGCAAAAUGUGCUUCAGGAUUUCCAGGCCCUGCCUCUGCCUGCACACCAGUUUGAGAUGUCAAAGGGAACCUCUUUUUAGAUCGAUAGAGCUUUGAACCCUCUCUUUGAUGGAGAUCGUGAUCCACAACUGUGUUAUGCUUUUCAGAACUUAAACCUUCAGUCAUAAGAAAGCUAGGCUUCAUCUCCAAACUCGAUUCAAGUACUAUACCUUGUUCAUUUCCAGUAUCAUGAUCAUUCUCGUCAAAAUAGAUUCCCUCAUCUAUUGGCUUUGCCUCGGCCACUACAUCCACGGGUAUGCUGGUCCCAGUUGAAACACCCCCAUCUGAAUCUGCUGAAUUCACACCAGGGACUGCUAUGUUGAUCUGUUCAGAUUUCUCAGCUCUUUUUUCGCCUUGAAUUUCAUCAUCUUCGAAUUCAGAACGGUAAUUCUGAAUCGGGUGGACUUUCUCAAAUUCCAUCCCAACUCUCCGAUCCUCAGUAGUUUGAAGUUCAGAUUUUGUCUCAUAAUGCUCAUCACUCUCCUUUCUUUUCCCUGA